AUGUCCAAUAUCGCGUUCACUCGAAUUCAACGGGAAUGCAAAGAAGUUGUCACCAAUAAGGAGAUCGCUGAGACGGGUAUUAUGAUCGAAAUUCUGAAUGAUUCACUGUCGGAGAUUAAAGGACAAAUCCGAGGACCACCCGAUACACCAUAUCAAGGAGGCUCAUUCGAUUUGGAAAUCAAGAUCCCGGACACCUACCCAUUCACACCGCCAAAGAUCAAGUUCCUUACCAAGAUUUGGCAUCCCAACAUCAGCUCUCAAACAGGGACGAUUUGUCUGGACAUUCUCAAGGAUCAAUGGGCUGCGUCGUUAACGCUGCGAACAGUACUUUUGAGCAUACAAGCGCUCAUGUGCUCACCUGAGCCAAAAGAUCCGCAGGAUGCUGUUGUAGCCAAACAAUAUAUGUCCAAUCCGGGGCUGUUCAAGGAGACAGCAGUUUACUGGACGAUAAAGUAUGCGAAAGGGAAGGCUGAAGAAAAUCCCCACUAUAGAGAACGUGUGGAGAAACUUCGAGACAUGGGCGUUACCGAGGAUGAAGCGAUCUCAGUGCUUAGUUGCAACAACUGGGACCUAGCAAAAGCAACCGACUACAUUUUCUCUUAA